AUCAAAUUCAGAACAUGUAUUCCGUUAAUGCUUCCACUUGUAAUACAUAAAAAAGACUACAUUUUUUGAUAUUAACAUAAAUUAGGGAGUUGCUAGCUCCUCAGCAGCCACAAGGCCCUUGGUCAAAAUGCCAAUCAAAGUGGCGCUGAUCAAAUAUUAUCACAGCAAGGCCGCAAAACAAUGUGGAGGCCAUCAAUCAAAGGGCACUCGGCAGCCAAACCGGUCAUCCAUUCAUCCAUCCACCCAGAUCCUGGCCGUCCAAUCUGCAAUCACCCAAUCGCUCAGGCGUAUCGCAAGAACAACAACAAUUUUCCAAUUAAGCGACCAAAAAUUUGAGCAUAUGAUGAUUAUUGACGAUAAGAGCAGGACACGGAGCUCCCACCGCCCAAGGAAUCCCAAAUGGUCUGCCGAAAUGUGCAAAUAAAUCGCACAAUUGUCCGACCGUCCGCUCGUCCUCUUCGGCAGGAUUCCCUGCUAUCUGCGAGCAUCGAAACUAAAAGUUAGCUGCGGCCACGCCAAACCAAAACAAAGAAACUUUCGUUUCCAAUUUUCUUGAUGUAUUAAAUUAUUUACGCCCUCUUGAGCAGAGGAUUCGUGUGCGUGGCACUCAUAUAAGACUGCCCAGCGUCUCUAUAGAGAUGCAUAUAUAUAUGGACUGGUGCUCAUAUAAGAGGUUAAGGGUAAUCCUUGAAUGCUGAGUGAUGGAUGCUCAUUUGCACACAAGUAUAUGUACAUAGAAAUCGAAAAGUGCAACUUUCUUGCUGGUGUCGCGUUGAUCGCGAGACCUGAGCAUCAUGGAUAGGCAGCCAACCGUGGGUGGGUAACGAAAACAUGUCAGCGAGCCGGCGAAGGCAAGAGGAGUCGGUCGAACGCAUACCGAAAUAUGGCCGGUGCUAAUUGCCCUCCAAGUAGCUACUGCUGCAUCCCCAAAGUCCAAGAUCCGUCUGCAUCCCAUCGAGCACGCCAGUUCUUUCCGUCUGAGUGCGUCGCAAUCUCGGAUCGCAAUUAAUAAAAGCUCUGCCCGCCCAGCGGUUUCGCUGCAGUAGCAUCUCCAGAUUGCCCGCGAGUGGACGUGAAUAUUAGCUAUCAAAGACCCUCUUAAGAUUAGCACCCUGGAUAGCCGCAUCCAUCACUAAGGACUUCACCAUGAAGCGUCUCGAGUGGCUACUGCUCCUGGCGUUCGUAGCCUCCGUGUCAACGGCAGUGGCUCCAAGGAGGAGACGCCACAGUAUGGUGGAAUCGCCCUCCUCAAGCCUCGGCGAUUGGGGAUCGGCCUGGGGUCUAGGUCCAGAGAUGGCACUGGUCAGGAGGGUGUACGAUGACUGCCAGGACAAGAACGACUUCAUCGGCUGUCUCAAGCAGAAAGCACUCCAUGCCCUCAGUCGAGCUCUGGACCAAGACUCCAUCAAGAUCGUGGAUGGUCUGGUGCUGGAGAAGCAGAACCAGAGCGAAACGGAGAGUAUCUUGGGAUCCCUGACGGAUGCCCGCCAAUUCGGCAACCUGGCGCCCAUCGAUCGAGCCCUUCUCUCCAAGGCGGACAAGCUCAUGCGGACGCACACGGUCAAGAUCGACAUAGGCGGUGGCGGGGACGGCGGAGAGGACAGUGUGGGCCGCGGCCACGAGCAUGGGCACAAGAAAAAGAAGCACAAGGAGGGGGGCCACAUCAAGUACGUAGUGGCCGCCCUCCUUACCGCCAUGGGAAUCGCGGGACCUUUGGGUCUAAAGGCUCUGGCCGCGAUCGCCGGCAAGGCCCUCGUCAUCAGCAAGGUGGCCCUGACAAUUGCCGGGAUCAUUGCGCUGAAGAAGCUGUUCUCGCACGACCACAGCGAGGAGACCAGUUUCCAGGUGCACGCCGGCGAACACAACAGGCGCAACACAUACGUGAUUCGGCCAGUGUCAAAGACGAGCGGUGGGGCAGCAGCCGGUGGGGUGGGCGUGACUGCCGCCGGUGGCAGCUCUUCGGUGGACCCGUAUCGCUACUACUACGAGUACCACCAGCAGUAACGCGUAACGAAGUGUCGAGUUGGUGUCUGGAGAAAUCUUCGCCGUUAUCCGGCGGAGUCCUGAAGCAGCUAGACUACCAAAGAACCGAUCCACAUCCAGUCGGGCCAAGUGGAGCCCGGCAGCAGCCGUUCACCUUAUUGUAGCUCCUAAGUUGUAGGCUAAUAUAUUAUGCAGUUGCCUGAGCCCAGAGAAUAAACCCCGAAUAAUAAACGAAAUACAAUGUACUCUAGGA